AUGAAGCAGAUGGCAUUAGCCGACGCAUUGCUCGCAAACCUCGCCACGUUCUACUUGGCCAUGAUUUUUAUUAUCAAAGCGUACGGUUUGAUAACCGGUCGUAACUUCGGCGCCGGGGUUCUGGUUAUCGCGUCGAUGACAGUGGUCGUCGUCGUGCUGGUUCUGACGCUCGCUUGGGACGUAUCAAGAAGAGCCGCGGGAGGGAUCACGCGGUACAACCGCCGUGGCGGAGAGACUCUGAAUGAGCGUCACCAUAACGAAAGUGGUCGUGGUAGCUGUAAAGGAGGGAUUUGUUGGCACGGUUUAGCGGUCCGGUCACAGGCUUCAAAGGUUCAUUUUAGGCUCCCACAACAUAUACCGUACUGA